AUGAUGAAGUACGUGGCCGAGAUAGCCGGGGACCUGGUGCUGGGCGGCCUGAUGAUGGUGCACGAGCGCGGCGAGGCAAGCACCUGCGGGCCGAUCAUGCCGCAGGGCGGCGUGCAGGCGCUGGAGACGAUGGUGUACACGCUGCAGUACGCGAACGCACACCCCACGCUGCUGCCCGGCCUCAAGAUCGGCGCUCACAUCCUGGACGACUGCGACAAGGACACCUACGGCCUGGAGCAGUCCAUCGAUUUCAUCAAAGGUAAGCUGCGCUUGAAUAACAAAUAUAUUGCAUUUAAUAAUAACAUAUCUGUUGUAAGGUCACUGGCGUAUGCUGCGCCAAGGCAGGCCAUGGCUGUCAGCGAAGGCUCCAUCAGCAACAUUGACGACGGCGAGUAUCAGUGUCCGGACGGCACAAGUCCGCAGAUCCGGAACCAGGUCAACCAGGUCAUCUCAGGCGUGGUGGGCGCCGCCUCCAGCGUCACCUCCAUCCAGGUGGCCAACCUGCUUCGGCUAUUCAAGAUACCUCAGCGACGCUUCGUGCGUGAACGCGACCGGCCGCCCAAGUACGUGGCCGAGAUAGCCGGGGACCUGGUGCUGGGCGGCCUGAUGAUGGUGCACGAGCGCGGCGAGGCAAGCACCUGCGGGCCGAUCAUGCCGCAGGGCGGCGUGCAGGCGCUGGAGACGAUGGUGUACACGCUGCAGUACGCGAACGCACACCCCACGCUGCUGCCCGGCCUCAAGAUCGGCGCUCACAUCCUGGACGACUGCGACAAGGACACCUACGGCCUGGAGCAGUCCAUCGAUUUCAUCAAAGGCUCCAUCAGCAACAUUGACGACGGCGAGUAUCAGUGUCCGGACGGCACAAGUCCGCAGAUCCGGAACCAGGUCAACCAGGUCAUCUCAGGCGUGGUGGGCGCCGCCUCCAGCGUCACCUCCAUCCAGGUGGCCAACCUGCUUCGGCUAUUCAAGAUACCUCAGGUGUCGUUCUUCUCAACGUCACCUGAGCUGAGCAGCAAGCAGCGCUUCGAGUACUUCUCGCGCACCAUCCCGUCAGAUGAGUUCCAAGUGAAGGCGAUGGUGGAGAUCGUGAAGCGACUCGGCUGGACUUACGUCUCCAUCAUCUACGAGGAAUCCAACUACGGCAUCAAGGCGUUUGAAGCUCUGGAGGGUCUACUGGCUGAAAACAACAUCUGCAUCGCUGUAAAAGAGAAGCUGAAGAAAGAUUCGGGGGUUGCCAAGGAGACGGCCUACGACACGAUCGUGCAGCGGCUCCUUUCGAAGGAACGUGCGAAAGGAGUAAUCGUGUUCGGCUCGGACCAGGAGGUGGCUGGUGUGAUGCGCGCCGUGCGCCGCAUGAACGCCACGGGCCGGUUCUCGUGGAUCGGCUCGGACGGCUGGUCGGCACGCUCGCUCGUCUCGGACGGCAACGAGGCCGAGGUCGAGGGCACGCUCUCCGUGCAGCCGCAAGCCAACCCUAUCCGCGGCUUCGAGGAGUACUUUCUCAACCUCACCGUCGAUAACAACAAGCGGAACCCUUGGUUCACCGAAUACUGGGAGCACAAGUUCAACUGCAAGUUCCGCGAGAGCCCGCUGACGCUCUACAACCAGAACUAUGAGCGCCAGUGCACGGGGCGCGAACCUGUCAGCCGCAGUAACACCCAGUUCGAGGCGCAGCUGCAGUUCGUCAGCGACGCCGUCAUGGCCUUCGCCUAUGCCUUCAAGGACAUGCACCGAGAGAAAUGUGGUGAAGGAUUCCGAGGACUCUGUAAUAAAAUGGAUCCAGUUGACGGCACAGAGCUGCUGAAAUACUUACGAAACGUACAGUUUGAUGGUCUCAGCGGCGACCGGUUUCAGUUCGACGAGCAGGGGGACGGUCCGGCCCGGUACCGGAUCAUCCACUUCAAGCAGGUGACGCGCGGCCGGUAUAGCUGGGACCAGGUUGGCGAAUACAUCGGCAACCAACUGCGCCUCAAUAUGUCAGCGCUCCAGUUCCGACAAGGAGCGCCGUCGCCGCCCAGCUCCAUCUGCAGCCUUCCAUGCCGCGACGGCCAGGCCAGGAAGUAUGUCGAUAGCGAGGCGCGCGAACGCUGCUGUUGGCACUGCUUCAAUUGCUCGACAUAUCAGGUGGUGGACCCGGGCGACGACACCGAGUGCGUGACCUGCCGGCUGGGCACAUUGCCGGACGUGACGCACAUGCGCUGCGAGCCGCUGCCCGAGGCGUACCUGCGCGCCGACUCGUCCUGGGCCAUCGGUGCCAUGUCGUUCUCGGCGGCCGGCAUCGUGCUCACCUGCCUGGUGAUAGCUGCCUUCAUCCGGCACGUGGACACACCCGUGGUGCGCGCCUCCGGCCGCGAGCUCAGCUUCGUCCUGCUGUAUGGCAUCCUGCUGUGCUACGCCAUGACGUUCGUGCUGGUGCUGCGGCCUAGCGACGUAGUGUGCGGCCUGCAGCAGUUCGGCAUCGGCUUCUGCUUCAGUGUGGUGUACAGCGCGCUGCUAACCAAGACCAAUAGGAUCGCGCGCAUCUUCAACGCAGGAAAGAAGUCGGCGGCGCGACCGCACUUCAUCACUCCGGCCUCACAGCUGGUUAUUUGCUCACUGCUCAUCCUGGUCCAGUUGAUAGUGUCCUUUGCCUGGAUGUGGACGACGCCACCGGCCGCGAUGUACUAUCACCCGACACCCGAGGACAACCUCCUGGUGUGCAAGGCGUCCAUCAACGCCUCCUACAUGGUCGGUUUCGCCUACCCGAUCCUGCUGAUCGUCGUAUGCACCGUGUACGCCGUGCUGACGCGCAAGAUCCCCGAGGCGUUCAACGAGAGCAAGUACAUCGGCUUCACCAUGUACACAACGUGCGUCAUCUGGCUGGCCUUUGUGCCCAUCUACUUCUCGACGGCCAACCACGUGGCCCUACGCAUCACCACCAUGUCCGUGUCCAUCAGCCUGAGCGCCAGCAUCGCCAUCGCGUGCCUUUUCACUCCCAAGCUGUACAUCAUCCUGCUGCACCCGGAACGCAACGUGCGCCAGUCGAUGAUGUCGCAGAAGUACAGCCAGUGCAGCCAGGUGCGCACCAACAUCAGCCUGUCGUCACAGCAGCGGAUUGACUCCGGCACGCAGAGCGAUGCAGACAUAGAGCUGGAUAAACUGCGCGUCUGUCCCAUCUGUUCUGCGAGGAACAACGGCCACACUGGCUCCCCUCGUGCCAAUCUGCGCCACCAGAUUCAGUACAAGCCAAUGGCGAACGGACCGCUACAAAACGUACCCGACGUGCAGCUAUAGUGGCCCUGCACGCUCACCUUCCUCCAGUGCCGAUGACGCGGCAACCGUGCUUAGUCAGCCUGAUAUUCGCGUGCCACGUGUUGCGUGUCGGUGAGAAAGUCAAGAGCGAGAGCGUCCCAUGAGCUCUGUGACGAGACAGUUCGGUGGAGCUCCGGUGUGUAGACAGUUCAAUGGAGCUCCGGUGUGUAGAGUUGUAACGUUUUGUGUAGACUGACCUACCGCAUCGAAUGCAUGGAUGCAUUGUAGAUUGCUGGGCGGACCGAUUAUUGAAGGGAUCGUCGGAAUUUGUACGGUUUGUAGCGUUGAGGGUUGAGAGUCGCAAAAAGAAAGUUUCGAAUA